CUUGUUUAACAUGACGUAUCUCGAGCUACCCCAGCAAUUAUGAUGCUCUGGUGCUGGUGCUGCUGAAGAGAGUCCUUGUGCAAAUUCCAUGUCCAAAGCACAAGGAAGGUAUUUAGCAUUCAGGCGAUUAUACAAUGUUUAGCUCGCCUCUGUACCGCCUGAAUAUUGUUGACAGACCCCUUGCGAAAGGAAAAGGAGAGGUCAGCCUCAGCGCUUUUUCCUUUCUCUUUAGUGAGCUUGUGCAGUAUUGCCAGACAAAGGUUUCAAAUAUUGGUGAGUUGGAGAGAAGGCUUGAGGACAUUGGGGCUGAGGUGGGCCUGCGCCUCUUAGAGAUUCUCUGCUUCAGGGAGAAGAACAGUAAAAGGGACAUUAGGCUAUUGGACGUCCUCAAGUUUGUUCACACUUCAUUGUGGAAGUACCUCUUUGGCCGGCAGGCAAAAGACCUGGAGCAGAGCAACACGGCAGAGGAUGAGUACAUGAUCAGCGAUUAUGACUUGUUCGUGAACAAGUUCAUAUCAGUCCCAAAGGACAUGGGAGCGCUCAACUGCGCAGCAUUUGUUGCUGGCAUUGUGAAGGGAGUCUUGGACGGCGCUGGGUUUCGCGCAAGGGUCACGGCUCAUUUUGUGCCGGUCAAGGGACAACCGAAGCCAAAGACAACCAUCCUGAUGAAGUUUGAUGGGACAGUGCUUGCGAGGGAACACCGCCUCCCAUCUUUAUAACCACCGCCUUCGUAAUAGUUCCUUUCAUAUCCCCAGAUAGUUGCCCUGCUGGUCACAAUGUUACUGUUGUAUUAUAGUUGCCAGCUAGCAAAGUUGAGCUCAGAUGCGCUUGAAAUGGCCUCAUGCAAACACUGGCAUUUGAGCCCUUCUCACAUUUGCAGUAGCAGCGCUGCACUGCUAGCAGUCCACAAUCAGGGAUUAAGAGUACUGAUUCUUGACUGAGCUGAAUACAGCUCUUGUCUGCAAGUUGGUGACUCUUAGUUUGCUUGUAGAUGGCUUAGAUCUUGUAGCAAUAUCAAGUCGGUUUGAGCUCGGCUUGGAAUACACUCAGGCUCUUGCAGUCACGGUGACUGAAUUGCAGCAACUGACGUCAAAAGUUGCUUCAAUCUUGCUAAGUUGAGGUGUCCUUCUAUAAGGUAUGGUAUCUGCAC